AUGGAUCAGUUCAAAGGACAACCUCGUCUCCCCAAAUUCGCUGUUCCAAAACGUUACGACAUCAGGCUUAAACCCGACCUCGCCGAAUGCCGUUUCUCCGGUUCCGUCGCUGUCAAUCUCGAUGUCAUCACCGCUACUCAUUUCAUCGUUCUCAAUGCCGCCGAACUCACCGUCGGUAACGACGCUGUUUCAUUCACCAACCGCGAUUCCUCUAAGGUUUUCAAACCUUCCAAAGUUGAAUUAUUUGAUGAUGAAAUUCUGGUGUUGGAGUUUCCAGAGGAAAUAGCUGUUGGAUUGGGUGUGUUGAAUAUUCAGUUUGAAGGAAUAUUGAAUGAUAGAAUGAAAGGCUUUUACAGAAGCAAAUAUGAGCAUAAUGGUGACAAGAGGAAUAUGGCUGUUACACAGUUUGAACCAGCUGAUGCCAGAAGAUGCUUUCCUUGUUGGGAUGAACCUGCUUGCAAGGCCACUUUCAAGAUUACAUUGGAUGUGCCUUCCGACCUUGUUGCUCUUUCCAACAUGCCAGUUGCUGAAGAAAAAGUUGAUAACAAUCUCAAAACUGUUUCAUAUCAAGAAUCACCAAUCAUGUCAACGUAUUUGGUUGCUGUCGUUGUUGGUUUGUUUGAUUACGUGGAAGAUCAUACUCCCGAUGGGGUCAAAGUCCGAGUGUAUUGUCAAAUUGGCAAGGCAAACCAAGGGAAGUUUGCACUUGAUGUUGCUGUGAAAACUUUGGGACUAUACAAGGAUUACUUUGACACUCCUUACACCUUGCCAAAAUUGGAUAUGAUUGCAAUACCUGAUUUUGCUGCUGGAGCCAUGGAGAAUUAUGGCUUGGUUACAUACCGGGAGACUGCUUUACUCUAUGAUGAUCAGCAUUCUGCUGCUGCUAACAAACAGAGGGUUGCAAUUGUUGUAGCUCAUGAACUAGCACAUCAAUGGUUUGGCAAUCUUGUUACAAUGGAGUGGUGGACCCAUUUAUGGCUCAAUGAGGGUUUUGCAACAUGGGUGAGUUAUUUAGCUGUUGAUGGCUUGUUUCCUGAGUGGAAAAUAUGGUCUCAAUUUCUUCAUGAAUGUGAGGCAGGUCUUAGAUUGGACGGGCUUGCCGGAUCUCACCCAAUUGAGGUGGAGAUAAAUCAUGCUCGCGAGAUUGAUGAGAUAUUUGAUGCAAUAAGCUAUAGAAAAGGUGCAUCUGUUAUUAGGAUGCUGCAAAGCUAUCUUGGUGCUGAAAGCUUUCAGAGGUCACUAGCUUCAUAUAUAAAAAAGCAUGCUUGUUCAAAUGCUAAGACUGAGGAUCUAUGGGCUGCACUUGAGGAAGGAUCUGGUGAACCUGUGAAUAAGUUAAUGACCACAUGGACUAAGCAGCAAGGAUAUCCUGUUGUAUCUGUUAAAGUCAACAAUCAGAAUUUGGAGUUUGCUCAGUCGCAAUUCUUGUCAAGUGGUGCUGAAGGGGAAGGCCAAUGGAUUGUUCCAAUAACAUUAAGCUUUGGCUCAUAUGACGUCCGCAAAAAUUUCCUCUUACAAACAAAAUCUGAAAUACGUGAUGUUAAAGAGUUACUUGGUUCCCCGAUUACCGAAGAUAGCAAAUCUUGGAUUAAACUUAAUGUGGAGCAGGCUGGUUUCUACAGGGUGAAAUAUGAUGAGUUGCUUGCUGCUAAACUUAGAUAUGCAAUAGAGAAAAAAUUAUUAUCUCCAUCAGACCGGUUUGGAAUUUUGGAUGAUACAUAUGCACUUUGUAAUGCUCUCAAAGAAUCAUUAACCUCCUUGCUUAACUUGAUGGCAGCUUAUAGGGAGGAAGAUGAUUAUACUGUGCAGCUCGUCGUGGGGAUUUGGAUGCGGUUACAUUGUUGA